AUGGUUCUGGAUGACAUGGGCAUUCGUCAAAUUGCAGCCGUGGUGGGUGGCUCCAUGGGUGGUAUGCUUACUCUUGAGUACGCCUACUUUGGCAAGGACUAUGUUCGCGCGAUUGUUCCGAUCGCCACCUCUCCUCGUCAUUCGGCGUGGUGUAUCAGCUGGGGUGAAGCCCAACGGCAGAGCAUCUACAGCGAUCCCAAGUAUGAGGAUGGCUACUACCCGUUUGACGAUCCCCCGGCCACCGGUUUGGGUGCGGCGCGCAUGUCCGCCCUCCUCACCUACCGUAGCCGCAACUCUUUCGAGUCUCGCUUUGGCAGAAACGUGCCCGAUCCCUCCAAGCGGCAGACCAUCAAUGGCCAGGAAAGGUCGCCCACUCCCCCGAACGAGCACUGGGCUAUCCACAACGACGGACACAAGAGUGGGCGCAGCUCGCCCGGGCCGCAGGCUGACGCCCAACACUCUGAAGUUCAGUUCCAAGACCCUCAGUUCUCGGGUGCCAAAACCUUCAGCAAGACCAUCGAGACCAACGGUUCCCAGAAGCGGCUCCCCACCUAUUUUUCUGCUCAGUCGUACCUUCGGUACCAGGGCGAGAAGUUCGUGAAGCGUUUCGAUGCCAACUGCUACAUCGCCAUCACCCGCAAGUUGGACACGCACGAUGUGUCCCGACACCGGGCCAGUCCUUCCGCGGAGAACCCCGUCCGUGAAGCCCUAUCUCAGAUUGAGCAGCCCGCUCUGGUUCUAGGUAUCGAAUCCGAUGGACUGUUCACUUUCGAUGAGCAGAAGGAGAUCGCUGCCGGCAUUCCGGACUCCCGCCUGAAGCGGAUCGAGAGUCCCGAAGGUCACGAUGCCUUCCUCCUCCAGUUCGAACAGGUCAACCGCUACAUCCUCGAGUUCUUCCGCGAAGUGCUGCCGGAUAUCAUGUCCAAGGCACCCGCCGAAGGAGUCGAGGCUGUGGACGGAGUCAACAAGCUAACCAAGAGCAGUACCUUCGGCGAAGCGGAAGUGGAAGAUAUCACCGCGUGGUAA